UAUAUAGCUGAAAUUUCCCUUGCCUGUGAUAUGGCAGAAAUAAACCAGAGAAAUGGGAGUCAAGAUAUUUUUCCGGAUCCGCAUACUUUAAGUAUUCUCCGAAAAGCAUGGACCUGUCUUCCAACACAUAUGCAGGAGGAUAUCAGAGGCAUACCUGGAAUCGAGACUCUGACGCCCACAGAGACCCAAGAAAGGCAAAGAGAAGCUCAGACACUGGGAAGAAAACAAAAAAGCUUUUGGCUCGCAGGAAUACUGAAGAGUCUGAGUUGAGCACAACCCUUCCGGACGAAGUGAAGACAAAUAUUACAUCCUGGAAGGAUGACCCUCUUUCUUUCUUUGUUAAAGGAUCAGACGUCAACCUUGAGCUCGACGACUGUAUUGGGGGCUUCUAUAGCUGCCUGGUGUCGUUAGAGUCACGGCAAGGGCUUGAUUCGAUACGCACACGAUUCCUCAAUGUCUCCUUUUUUACCAUUUGAAACUCAUGGUCUGCUCGCAACAGUUGCGUUCUGUCCAUAUGGCAAAAA